AUGUCACAUACAACUGUAAUUACCCAGGAAGCCAUUUUUGUUGGCGCCAACAAACAGUCCCAGGUGGCAGACUACAAUCCAAAUGAAGAUGUUGUAGCCUUCGGAGCUUCCACCAACAUAGCAUUAUGGAAUCCCUUAGCCAAAGACGGCAAGGGUGUUUAUUCUACGUUAAAGAAGCACAAUAAGGAGAUCACGGGUAUUAAAUUCAUACCCAAUUCGCCAUUUUUGGUAUCUGUAGGCGAAGACCUGCAAAUCAAUAUCUGGAGAAGAAGUCAGGAAUCCUAUGAGAUAGUACAGGCUUUCAAAGACAGUGAUCAUUCCAUUACCGCUUUGGCUGUAGUCAACCAAAAUUUGUUUGUUACUGGCUGCUCAGACGGUUACAUUAGCAUCUGGUCAUACGGAGGCGAACAAGAGAAGUUUGGAUUGGCUCACAAGUUCGAGGUCAAGUCAAACUUCUUGCCUAUAGCACUAGCCAUUGAACAAGUGGAUGAAGAACAUAACUACUUGUUGGCUGUAGGAGGCACCAGCCCCAACGUGUUUGUAUACACUUUUGUGGUUUCUGAUUCCGCAGCCGUAGAAAACUUCACACAAUCAGCCUGUUUGACAGGACAUGAGGACUGGGUCAGAUGUCUUGAAUUUGUCACCGAAGAGAAGAACAAGAACUACAUUUUAGCAUCCGGGUCGCAAGACAGAUAUAUUCGUUUAUGGCGACUCAAGCUCAACGACUGCAUUGACGACUCAGACGAAGACGAGCUGAAGUUGAUACUCUUAUCGAACAAACAGUACAAGUUCAACUUGAGCGAAACAUCUCGUGGAGCCAUCAGUUUUGAAGCGUUAAUCAUGGGUCAUGACGAUUGGGUUACUGGACUACAAUGGCAUCCUUCCUACCGAGGAAAUGGCUCAAAAAGGAAGUUGCAGUUGCUUUCUUCUAGUGCAGACACAGCCCUAAUGGUAUGGGAAAUGGAUGUAGAGUCUGGUAUCUGGGUUUGCGUAAAUAGAUUGGGAGAGAUGUCCAUUAAAGGUGCUUCCACAGCCACCGGAGCUUCGGGUGGAUUUUGGUCCUGUUUGUGGUUUGUAGACAAAGGAACCAACAAGCAGAUCAUUCUCGCUAAUGGGAAGACUGGUUCUUUUAGAGUGUACAGAGAACUUGGUGAGGAGGCAAAAUCUUUUGAAGCAGUGCAUGGCCCCACUGGAGCUACCCGUGAAAUCACCGAUAUAAUAUGGGCUAGAGGCGGUGAGUACUUCAUCUCAACAUCGCUUGAUCAAACAUCCAGAUUGUUUGCACCAUGGGUACAGGGCAGAAACCACAAGACAUGGCACGAGUUUGCCAGACCUCAGAUCCAUGGCUACGACAUGAUUUGCAUCGAUAACAUCAACGAUUCCAAGUAUGUUUCCGGUGGUGAUGAGAAGGUACUCAGAGUAUUUGAAAUGACAAACUCCAUUAGCAAGCUCUUGAAGAACUUGUGUGACAUCGACGUGGUUUCAGAGUCAAACCAGCUCCCAGAAGCUGCUUCAUUGCCUGUUCUAGGUUUGUCUAACAAAGCAGCUAACGAACAACUUGAAGCAGGAGAGGAUGCACAACGACAGCAAGAUGCCGAAGAGAACAACGCAGUACCAGAAGAGAAAGAAGAUGUUUUGGCCACGUUGACCAGUCCUCCUCUCGAAGACCAUCUUCAAAGAUAUACACUCUUCCCCGAGCUCGAGAAGUUGUAUGGCCAUGGCUACGAAUUGACCUGCUGUGCCACUAGUCCCAAUGGAAUGUUGAUAGCCUCUGCUUGUAAGUCCAACUCCGCCAAGCAUGCCAUAAUCAGAGUUUUCAAUGUGCGAAAGGACUACCAACAGUGCCAACAAGUGUUGGAGGGUCACAACUUGACUAUCACCAGUUUGGAAUUCUCUUCAGAUGGGAAGUACUUGCUUGCAGUUUCUAGAGAUAGACUGUUCAGUUUAUGGAAAGUAAGUGACGAAAGUGAAGGCCAAUUUGCCUUGGUUGAGCUCAAUCUUAAGGCACAUACAAGAAUCAUCUGGGACUGCUCAUGGGCUCCAGCCAAUAGCUACGGUCAGUUCUUCAUAACUUGUUCUCGUGACAAGCAGAUCAAAUUAUGGAAUGUUGGCAAUGAUAAAGUAGAGUUGGUUUCGGUUGUCAAGCUCGCCGAAGCUAUCACCUCGGUUUCCAUUUGCAAAAUUGGUUUAUUCAAGAAUAAGUUGGUAGCGGCCAUUGGUUUGGAGAGUGGAGGCAUUUCGAUCUACAGUGUAGAUUUGAGCGAUAAUACGUUCGAGUUCAAGGAGGUGGCCAAGAUAGACCAUUUGUUAACGCCUUCUGAUCGUGUGACCAAGUUGAGUUUCAGCAACAAGAUCCAUGAUGGGCAAUUGAAGCUUGCUGUGGGUAGUAAUGAUUGUUCUGUGAGGUUAUACAGUAUAGAAGAAAGUAUAGUAGCAUAA